UUUUUAGAAAAUAAAGCAUUUUUGCUGUGACCUAAUUAGUUUUAGGUAUCCUUACGUUCAAACGCCUGAUAUUUGCAUAUUUCAUUUAUAUGAAUAUGCAGUUGAGUGUUUGUGCACAACGUAUUGGCCUUUUAUCGACGUAUGGGUUAGACAUAUGGGCGUGUCAACGAAAUGGUUUCCUCCAAAGCAGCCCAUAUGAGAUUAAAGACAAAAAAAGGUGAGCUUUUCACGACGAUGACAAUGGAUCGAGUGUGACCCCUUUCCUUGUUUUUCCUGCCCCGUUGGCCAAUCCAACUGUGUAAUUAUGGCUACUUGUCAGCAAGGCUGCACACCAGCCGUGCGACUUUGUCAGAGGCUGAAUCGACUUAAGACCCUCGAAGACGACAUGAUGUCCACGUCGUUAAAACGCUGCCUCUCCACCCUGGACCUGACUCUCUUGGGUGUCGGUGGCAUGGUGGGCUCUGGCCUAUAUGUCCUAACAGGCACCUUGGCCAAAGACAUUGUUGGACCUGCUGUUAUUGUGUCCUUCAUUUUUGCAGGUUUUGCCUCUCUGUUAGCUGCUUUUUGCUACGCAGAGUUUGGAGCACGUAUUCCCAAAACAGGAUCAGCCUAUAUGUUUACCUAUGUCUCUGUGGGAGAGAUAUGGGCCUUUCUGAUAGGUUGGAAUGUGAUUCUGGAGAAUAUGAUUGGGGGUGCUGCUGUGGCGCGGGCAUGGAGUGGCUAUUUGGACUCCAUUUUCAACCACGCCAUCCAGAACUUUACAGAAACCCACGUUAUGCGGUGGGACAUUCCCUUCCUUGCCCAUUACCCUGAUUUACUUGCAGCAGGGAUUCUAUUGGUUGCCUCUCUUUUUAUUUCCUUCGGGGUUCAAGUGUCCUCCUACCUUAAUCAUAUUUUUUCCACCAUCAGUAUGUGUGUUAUUGUUUUUAUCCUCGUCUUUGGAUUUGUACUAGCAGAACCGGCAAACUGGAGCCAGAAGGAAGGAGGUUUUGCACCUUUUGGUUGGUCCGGCAUCUUAGCAGGCUCAGCAACAUGCUUCUACGCAUUUGUAGGUUUUGAUGUCAUCGCCUCGUCAAGUGAGGAGGCCAAGAAUCCACAGAAGGCUGUUCCCAUAGCCACAGCGAUAUCCCUUGGACUGGCAGCAGCAGCUUACAUCCUGGUGUCCACUGUGCUUACGUUAAUGGUUCCCUGGCAUACGCUGGACCCCAACUCAGCUUUGUCAGAUGCUUUUUUCCGUCGAGGCUACAGUUGGGCUGGAGUCAUUGUGGCAGUGGGUUCAAUCUGUGCCAUGAACACCGUGCUGCUCUGCAAUCUCUUCUCCCUCCCUCGCAUUGUGUACGCCAUGGCAGAAGAUGGGUUGUUCUUUAAAAUCUUUGCACGUGUCAAUCCUACCACCAAAGUCCCUGUCAAUGCUAUUCUGGUUUUUGGAUUUCUUAUGGCCACCAUGUCUCUGAUCUUUGAUCUGGAGGCUUUGGUUCAGUUCUUGUCAAUUGGAACCCUACUAGCCUACACAUUUGUAGCAGCCAGCGUCAUCGUUCUUCGCUUCCAGCCAGAGAGAAAACACUCCAAAGGGACUUCUUCCACAUCUCCCAAUCCAAAUGCAGAGCCGUCCCCUGCCCCGUCAGAAUGUCAGAACAUAUCAGAAGACGGUGAAGAGUUGAAACAAUACGAGUCUUUUUCCGAUAAGAUUCAGUUGGUGGAAAGGCAAAAGACAAAGGAGUGCAGAGGAGUGGGGCAGCUAAAGGCCUGUUGGGAACCAUACCUAGGUCGGCUAAUGGGAAACUGCAGGCCUGGGGAGGUGGUAGCCCUUUGUGUGCUGGGUCUGAUAGUCAGCUCAGUUUCUUUUUGUGCCGUUCUUGUAUUUGGUCUCAUGCAGCUGCAGCUCCCAAGAUGGAGCUAUACCAGCCUGUUGGUGAUUUUUAGUCUCGCUUAUGUUAUCUGCUUGGCACUCAUAUGGGCUCAUGAGCCACAGACUAACACCAAAACAUUCCAGGUGCCUCUUGUUCCACUUGUCCCAGGCGCUAGUAUUCUGUUUAAUGUAUUCCUUAUGCUGAAGCUCAGUUAUUUAACCUGGAUAAGGUUCACGAUCUGGAUUGCUGUAGGUCUCUUAGUAUAUUUUGGCUAUGGAAUCUGGCACAGUAAAGAGGGCAUGAGAGAGCUGCAACCCAAAGAUAUGGCUGCCCGAUAUGUUGUGCUCCCCAGCGGCAGUCUGGUAGAAACCGUGGAGUCUGUCCAGCCCGAGCAAGCGGAUGCCUCGGCGCAACAUGUUAACCCUGCCAUGACAACUGAGGAGUUUCCUGGAAAAAGAUGAUGUGUGACCAAAUCUAAAGAUCCCACCUGCCUGGUAGCUGCUGCCUCCUAUCCUCAUCACUAUUUUUGACACCUCUGGCUGGCCUAUUGCUUCCUGUACUCAUUGCUCUGCAAAUGCAUCUUUUGUGUUGUGAAGCAUAUUUUCUCUUCUUAUAUUCAAAUGUGAAGUCAAGGUCUUUCUUACUAAAAUGCAUCUCAUCAAAAAUAUAUCAAAUCUAGUAAAUACACUGUACGGUGCUUUUUCUGUGACAGCAAUUUGUUCAGUCAAUGUUUCUUAAUAGGACAUUUUUAUGGACCUUUAACAUAUACAGCAAACCAAAAAUGUCAAGACACCAAAUUGGACAAAAACAGCAGUGAUGUGCUGUAUUCUAUAACUGAAGAAAAUGUUGAUUGUUCUCACCUUCCAAAAACUACACUAGCAUCAUUAUCAGUUUUUUGAUCGUUAAACCUCAGCACAAUUUUCGUGUUACAUCUCAAUCACCUUCCAUUUCUUUUUUUGACCAUUUCUUAUAGCGUUCAUUUUUUCUUCCAGUUUGCAAGUGAUUUUUGUUGUCUGUGCAUCAAAACUGUCAAAACAGUUUAAACUGCUACCACAACACAACACUUGAAUGCUUCUUCUAAUCUCCUAAAUCUCAUGACCCUGAUGAUCUCACAAAAUAACAGGUGACAUGUCGUCAGGAUAUUUUUUUUUUCUUUUUACCUGGUUGUGGAGCAAGCACAAAUUCGACAAUUUAACAUCUUUUUCAGGGAGUAAGUUGUUUAUCCAGACAGAGGUUAUCUUUAAAUGUGUGUGAGGCCUCCUUAAUCCCAGAUUUUGAGGUGUCACCAGUCCACAGUUUGACCUCAGCAACAGAUAAAAACAUGCCUCCAAAUAUACUGUACAUUCCCUUAGUCUGCACUUGUGUAUAAUGAAAAGUAUCCAUUGUUGGUAUAUGUAUAUAUCUUUUUAAUUUCAUGUCUGCUUAUGAAACCGAUGGCCUUAAACAAAGGAAUCAAAGACAGUUUUAUGAAGUGGUUAGUAGGGGUUUUGUUCAAGACUAAGAUUACAAAGAUAGCGCAUUGUAAUUCAUUGUUCCAAUGUGUAAAAACUAACAAACAAAAAUUGGAACAGAAUGUAUGACAUUUCUAAAGGACCCGAGAAAAUUUUUGAAACUUUGCACACUAUUUAUAAAAAGAUCUUUGGUUAUUUUCAAUGUAGAGGAGGUAUUGCAACAGGAUGUACAUUUAUUAUUUUCCUAUAUUUCCUUCCUUCAGCGAUUUUUUUCCUGCAUGUCACAGUCUCAAUUUCUAAGUUAUGUCUGUAUGAAAAUUAUGUGACAUCACAUGUAUGUAAAAUAAAUGUU